GUCAUCAGGUACUACAGCGCAGACAGGGUCCAGCCCCAGCGCUGCAGCAGCGUGUCCCGGACGCCUCCCUUUCCUCCCCUCCCCCAGCUCCUUCUCCUGCUCCCGGUUAGUGGCUCCCGCAUCCCCACCCGCUGACCCCGCCCAUCCGCGGGGCCGCAGCGCCUCCCGGUGGUCGUGCUUUCCAGGCAUCCGCCCGCCCGGGGCAGGGUUAAAGUGGGAGGCCUCUGGGCUUCGUCCCCUCCCGCUCAGUCCCGGCCGCCCCUGGGUCCCCUCCCUCCUCCCCACUCGGCGCCCGCAGCUCGGGCCGUCAGGACCCGGCCUCUCCUCGGAAGUGCCCAGACGGCCUCUCCUUGGAAAGGCCAAGCCAGGACAUCAGGGCACAUGACUACUAUCAAGAUGUUCCAGGGUUCUUUUUCUGUGUUCCUGCUUGGGGGGCUCUUAGGAGUCCUGCAUGCUCAGCAGCAGGAAGUCAUCUCACCUGACCCCUCCACCAUUGACAGGAACAACAACUGUCCAGAGAAGGCUGACUGCCCAGUCAAUGUGUACUUCGUGUUGGACACCUCGGAGAGUGUGACCAUGCAGUCCCCCACAGACAGCCUGCUUUAUCACAUGCAGCAGUUCGUACCUCAGUUCAUCAGCCAGCUGCAGGAUGAAUUUUACCUGGACCAGGUGGUGCUGAGCUGGCGUUAUGGUGGUCUGCACUUCUCGGACCAGGUGGAGGUGUUCAGCCCACCAAGCAGCGACCGGGCCUCCUUCACAAAGAGCCUCCAAGGCAUCCGCUCCUUCCGCAGAGGCACCUUUACUGACUGUGCCCUGGCCAACAUGACCCAGCAGAUCCGGCAGCAUGUAAGCCGAGGUGUGGUCAACUUCGCUGUGGUCAUCACCGACGGCCACGUCACCGGCAAUCCGUGUGGGGGCAUCAAAAUGCAGGCUGAGCGCGCCCGUGAGGAGGGCAUCCGGCUCUUUGCUGUGGCCCCUAACAGGAACCUAAAUGAGCAAGGCCUGAGGGACAUCGCUAACACCCCACAUGAGCUCUACCGCAAUAACUAUGCCACCAUGAGGCCCGACUCUACUGAGAUUGACCAGGACACCAUCAACCGCAUCAUCAAGGUCAUGAAACAUGAAGCCUACGGAGAGUGCUACAAAGUGAGCUGCCUGGAGAUUCCUGGGCCCCAUGGACCCAAGGGCUACCGAGGACAGAAGGGUGCCAAGGGCAACAUGGGUGAGCCAGGAGAGCCUGGACAGAAGGGGCGACAGGGAGACCCUGGCAUCGAAGGCCCCAUUGGAUUCCCAGGACCCAAGGGUGUGCCCGGCUUCAAGGGAGAGAAGGGUGAAUUUGGAUCAGAUGGUCGGAAGGGAGCCCCUGGCCUAGCUGGCAAGAAUGGAACUGAUGGACAGAAGGGCAAACUGGGCCGCAUUGGGCCUCCUGGUUGCAAGGGAGACCCAGGAAGCCGGGGCCCUGAUGGAUACCCUGGAGAAGCUGGAAGCCCAGGCGAGCAAGGAGACCAAGGUGCCAAGGGGGACUCUGGCCGCCCGGGACGCAGGGGACCACCAGGAGAUCCUGGAGACAAGGGAAGCAAGGGAUAUCAAGGCAACAACGGAGCUCCUGGAAGUCCAGGAGUGAAAGGAGGCAAGGGAGGGCCUGGCCCCCGUGGACCAAAAGGAGAGCCGGGGCGCAGGGGAGAUCCUGGAACCAAGGGCGGCCCAGGCAGCGAUGGUCCAAAGGGGGAGAAGGGUGACCCUGGUCCCGAAGGGCCCCGAGGCCUGGCUGGAGAAGUUGGCAGCAAAGGAGCCAAGGGAGACAGAGGUUUGCCUGGACCUAGAGGCCCCCAGGGGGCUCUUGGAGAGCCAGGAAAACAGGGAUCUCGGGGAGACCCUGGUGAUGCUGGACCUCGUGGAGAUUCAGGACAGCCAGGCCCCAAGGGAGAUCCUGGAAGGCCUGGAUUCAGCUACCCAGGACCGCGAGGGACACCCGGUGAAAAAGGAGAGGCCGGCCCACCAGGCCCUGAGGGAGGCCGAGGAGACUUUGGUCUGAAAGGAGCACCCGGAAGGAAGGGAGACAAGGGCGAGCCAGCUGAUCCUGGUCCUCCUGGUGAACCUGGCCCUCGGGGGCCAAGAGGAGUCCCAGGACCUGAGGGAGAACCCGGCCCUCCAGGAGACCCUGGUCUCACGGAAUGUGACGUCAUGACCUAUGUGAGAGAGACCUGUGGGUGCUGCGACUGUGAGAAGCGUUGUGGUGCUCUGGAUGUGGUCUUCGUCAUCGACAGCUCUGAGAGUAUUGGCUACACCAACUUCACCCUGGAGAAGAACUUUGUCAUCAAUGUGGUCAACAGGCUGGGUGCCAUUGCCAAGGACCCCAAGUCUGAGACAGGCACACGUGUGGGUGUGGUGCAGUACAGCCAUGAAGGCACUUUCGAGGCCAUCCGGCUGGACGACGAACGAGUCAACUCCCUGUCCAGUUUCAAGGAGGCCGUCAAAAACCUUGAGUGGAUUGCUGGUGGCACGUGGACGCCCUCUGCCCUCAAGUUCGCCUACAAUCAGCUCAUCAAGGAGAGCCGGCGCCAGAAGACCAGGGUGUUCGCAGUGGUCAUCACAGAUGGGCGCCAUGACCCCCGAGAUGAUGACCUCAAUCUUCGGGCACUGUGUGACCGAGACGUCACUGUGACAGCCAUCGGCAUUGGUGACAUGUUCCAUGAGACACACGAGAGUGAGAACCUCUACUCCAUCGCCUGUGACAAGCCGCAGCAAGUGCGCAACAUGACCCUCUUCUCUGACCUGGUGGCUGAGAAGUUCAUCGAUGACAUGGAAGAUGUCCUUUGCCCAGACCCCCAGAUUGUGUGUCCAGAACUUCCCUGCCAAACAGAUGAACCAUGGCCUGGCAGCAAGCCCCCGGUCACCUUCCUCCGCACGGAAGAGGGUCCGGACCCCACCUUCCCCAAGACCAUCCCCCUGAUCCAGCAGUUGCUGAACGCCACGGAGUUCACACAGAACCCAGCUGCCUACUCCCAGCUGGUGGCUGUGAUGGUCUACACCGCGGAGAGGGCCAAGUUCUCCACGGGGGUCGAGCGGCAGGACUGGAUGCAGCUGUUUAUUGACACCUUUAAACUGGUGCACAGGGAUAUCACAGGGGACCCAGAGUCUGCACUGGCACUCUGCUAAAGCCUCAGGUUCUAGCCAGAGAUAACCCCUCACUUCUAGCUUCCCACAAACUGAGGCCUUAGGCAGCAGGGACCUGCCCUCCUAGCCCUGAGGACAAAGUCCAGAAUCUUAUGUCUUUAAUGUUAUACUCUCUAGAGGGUCCCUCCUGCUUCCUCCAGCCUCUGGUAGAGCUACCAUCGUUGGCUUGUGGGCGCGCUACCCCAGUAUCACCUCCACCUUCCCGUAGCCUCUUCUCUUUGUGUCUGUGUCCCCUCCUCUUUCCCCUCUCCUCCUUUUUCACAAGAACAUCAGUGAUUGGAUUGAAGGCCCACCUUAAACCCCAGAAGCUCACAUCUGGCAAAGGACUGUACAGAGGGCAUUAUAUUGAGGUUCUUGAGAUGCAGGCUUCCGGGAAUCUUUCCGCUGAGCACACCACCUCAGUCGAGCUGAGCUAUCCUGUGUUUGAAAGCACAAAUUGGGGUGGGGUGCUAUCUGAAUGCUUGAGGAGCCCCCCACCUUUCCUGCUUCUGUUUGGGCUUCAUGUUUGGUGUCAGGUAUGUGUUUAUAACCCACAGAAACCACAGGGAUGUGACAAGAACCUUAAUGUACCUCAGCUACUGUCACAGCAGGAGAUCUAAGUGCCAGUGGGCCCCAAACACCUGUAUGUUCAGCCAGGUCUCUGGAUAUACAAAGGCAUCAUGAGAGUAUCCGACAGGCAGGGCUUUUGAUGUCCUCGAUCACGUGACUGAGAACCAUAAAGGCAUCCUCUCCCAGUGUGGGGAGUGGCAAGGGGCCCACUACAAAGUCACUAGCCAUCAAGGCAAGCUCCUGAACCUGGAACAUUCUCACUGGUCUCAAGCACCUCAUCAGGCUGGACUGAUGUCCUUGCUCCUAUCUGUGCCCCUCUAGCCCAGGGUAAGACCUAUCCUCCUGGGAAGGUGACACCACCUCCCUGCUAUGACGUCAUAGGUAGAGGAGACCCCCACAGAAAUGAAGUACAGAGAGACUCCUGAGACCCCAAAACUCCCAAUUACAUAUGAAUCUUCACCAGCCUUUCCUGAGCUCCCCCAGACCCAAUAGAUGUUGAUGUGCCCAAGCCAACAACCCCUACUGUAUGUCUGCCUCUGGGUUUGUGGUAAUAACUGUGAGGGUGCCUGUCAGUUAUGAGGAGCUAGGAAGUCCAGCUGUCCCCCAAAAACUUUCUAGACAUUAUGAGAAGGUUCCAGGGAUGGUGGACAAUAAAGAAGGUAUGUAGCUAGUAAGCUCUGUAAGAAAGACCCUGCGUAUCCACAGGUACUCCCUGGCUCAGAGGGAGUGAGCCAGGAUAAACGUUUUAUAAAAAGAUGAAACCUGUAACUUAACGCAUUGCUGUGGUCAAGUUGGGCUAGUAUACACUGGAAUGGGCCCUCCCACACAACUGGGGUCAGGUGGGAUAGGGGUAAGCGCUCUGGCAGCUGGGUCCUGCCUCAGCAUUCUUGGUCAUGCAUGACUGGAGUCAGGGCUGUUCUUAAUGUGAUUCCCUGGCGUCCCAAUUAUUGGGCCAUGACAGCAUGCAUGGGUGAGCUGAACUCAUCUUCAUGUAGGAAAAGCUUAGAUGGAUGUCUGGUGAAUAGGUACCCAAGCCCUAGCCUGUGGUUUCUGACACCUGUGUGGUGGUGUGAAGUGUGGCUUCAGCUUCCAUAGUGCCGUGUGUCAGGGCUGGUGACCAUCCAACAGAGGAAGGCAUCCCUUGGUGGCAGUGAGACCACCAAGGGCCCACCUGGAUUCUUUCAGCCAUAUCCUAUUGCUCAGACAGAGCAGGUGGCUCAGAAGUAAGUGGCCCCUGGGAGAGGGCGUCAGGUCCAGAGGCCCUAUCUUGCCCCCACCAAAGAAUGACCUUUAUGUGAGUAGCUGUAUCUUGGGCUGAGUGAGGACUUUGGGGCUAUUGAGGAUCCCAGAGGUGGCUGGUUGAGGCUGAGACCAUGCCUGGUGAUAAAAGAUGGAUCUUCUGGCCUCUAGGUAGAUCUCUGGUCCACAAGUUUGGGGCCAUUGAAGAGACAGUCCCAGGGAACAGUAGACACACUCUCAAAGGAGCCUGAGUCAAAGACAUCACCUGGGACAGACCCCCAUUGGUGGCUGUGGGUGAAGCCCCAAAGUCCCAUGAUCUGGGAUCCAGGGGAAAGGGUGUAUGCAGAGAUGGGGUGAGUCUCGAGCUGGCCACCCCUGCAUGCCUGGGCCCACCUUACAUC